CUCUCUCUCUCUCUCUCUCUCUCUCUCUCCCUCUCUCUAUCUCCUCCUCCUCUCCAUCCACUGCGGAACAUCGGGCCCGUUUCUCCCUCCGAUCGCAUCCCAGGUCGCCAUGGACAACUCCGGCAAAGAGAAGGAGGCCAUGCAGCUGAUGGCCGAGGCCGACAAGAAGGUCAAGGCGUCCGGAUCCUUCCUCGGCGGGAUGUUCGGGGGGAACCAUAAGGUUGAGGAUGCCUGUGAAAUAUAUGCCAGAGCAGCCAACAUGUUUAAGAUGGCAAAGAACUGGAGUGCUGCAGGGAACGCGUUCUGUCAGGCCGCUCGGCUCCACAUGCAGCUGCAGAACAAGCUGGAUUCCGCCACCAGCUUCGUCGACGCCGGCAACGCCUACAAGAAGGCCGACCCACAAGAGGCCAUCAACUGUCUAAAUCAGGCCAUUGACAUCUACACCGACAUGGGUCGGUUUACCAUCGCAGCCAAACACCACAUCACCAUAGCGGAGGUCUACGAGGCCGAGCUGGUCGACAUCGAGAAGGCCAUAGCCCACUAUGAGCAGGCUGCAGACUACUACAAGGGAGAAGAAUCUAACAGCUCCGCCAACAAAUGCCUCCUGAAGGUGGGACACUACAGCGCACAGCUGGAGCAGUACGCCAAGGCCAUCGAGAUCUACGAGCAGGUCGCCAUGAGCACCAUGGACAACCCUCUGCUCAAGUACAACGCCAAAGAGUAUUUCUUCAAGGCGUCGCUGUGUCACUUUAUAGUGGACGAACUUAACGCCAAGUUGGCCAUAGAGAAGUACGAGGAGAUGUUUCCAGCCUUCUCAGACUCCAGAGAGCUGAAGCUCUUAAAGAAACUGCUGGAUGCCCACGAGGAGCAGAACAGCGAGGCCUUCACGGAGGCCGUCAAGGACUUCGACUCCGUGUCCCGUCUGGACCAGUGGUUGACCACCAUGCUGCUCCGCAUCAAGAAGACCAUCCAGGGAGACGCCGGGGACCUGAAAUAGAGCCGCUGAGACACGAGGGAGACGGCGAGGGGG